AUGGGGAAACCACCAGGAAUGAAUCGCUCCUUCAUUAAGGUUUUGGUAGCUUUACUUACAUAUUUCAUGGAGACGAGCAACUUUAGAGUUGUGGAUGCCAAGGAGCACGAUUCCAGAUCAUCCUCCAACCUGUCUCCAUCAGACUUUCUGGACUCACUCAUGGGUCGCACGUCCGGGUAUGAUGCACGAAUAAGACCGAAUUUUAAAGGUCCACCAGUUAAUGUUACCUGCAACAUAUUUAUCAACAGCUUUGGUUCUAUAGCAGAAACUACAAUGGAUUACAGAGUGAACAUCUUCCUGCGGCAGAAGUGGAAUGACCCUCGGCUGGCGUAUAGCAAAUACCCAGAUUCCUCCCUCGACCUGGACCCGUCCAUGCUGGACUCCAUAUGGAAGCCUGACCUCUUCUUUGCCAAUGAGAAAGGAGCAAACUUCCAUGAUGUCACCACAGACAACAAGCUGCUGAGGAUUUUUAAGGAUGGGACUGUCCUCUACAGUAUCAGGUUGACUCUCAUUCUGUCUUGCCCGAUGGAUCUGAAGAACUUUCCGAUGGAUGUGCAAACUUGUACAAUGCAGCUGGAAAGUUUUGGCUACACCAUGAAUGACUUGAUCUUUGAGUGGCUGGAGAACGGUGCAGUGCAGGUGUCAGAGGGGCUCACCCUGCCUCAGUUCAUCAUGAGGGAAGAGAAGGAGCUCGGCUACUGUACCAAACACUACAACACUGGUAAAUUCACCUGUAUUGAAGUUAAAUUCCAUCUCGAGCGCCAGAUGGGCUACUAUCUGAUCCAGAUGUACAUUCCUUCCCUCCUGAUUGUCAUCCUCUCAUGGGUGUCUUUUUGGAUCAAUAUGGAUGCUGCUCCUGCCAGAGUGGCACUGGGCAUCACCACUGUGCUAACCAUGACCACCCAAAGCUCGGGCUCUAGAGCUUCUCUUCCAAAGGUCUCUUACGUGAAAGCCAUUGAUAUCUGGAUGGCUGUGUGUCUGCUCUUUGUAUUUGCUGCAUUGCUAGAAUAUGCUGGGGUUAAUUUUGUCUCCAGGCAACAGAAAGAGUUCCUUCGCCUGAGGCGAAGACAAAGGAGGAAUCACAAGGAUGAGGAUAUGCGUGAAGGCCGCUUUAAUUUUGCUGGCUACAAUAUGACCCAGUGUCUGCCAACGAAGGAUGGCUCAGCUGUUAAGAACGCUGCUCCAGCUCCAAACCCUCAACCGUCAGUCCCAAAAGACAUAGACACCAUGAGGAAGAAGUUUGUGGACAGAGCCAAGAGGAUAGACACUAUCUCCAGGGCUGCCUUUCCUCUGGCCUUCCUCAUCUUCAACGUCUUCUACUGGGUUACCUACAAGAUCAUCAGGCACGAGGACAUCCACAAGAAGUAAAGACUUUACCCUCGACAAAUAAUAUUUAUUUUUCAUUUCUCAGAUUGAGAAAUGCUCAGAAAGCACAGUGA